UGCAUUUCCCUGCGGUUAGCGGUAGUUUAAUUAAAAAGUGAGCCAGAUACUUUUAGUUUAGAGACCGUGCACCUUUGGAUCUGAUCUCUCCAGAAACGAUGGAUCCGCUUUUGUAUUUAGCCGGUCUGGUCGUUCUUUUUCUGCUGUGGAUCAAAGUCAAAGGUCUAGAUUACGUGAUCGUUCACCAGAGGUGGAUAUUUGUGUGUCUGUUCCUGCUGCCGCUCUCCGUUAUAUUUGAUGUGUAUUACUAUGUGCGGGUAUGGCUUAUUUUCAAGAUGUGCUCUGCGCCCAAACUGCACGACCAGCGAGUGAGAGACAUCCAGAGACAGGUGCGCGAGUGGAAGAAGGACGGCAGUAAGAAAUACAUGUGUACAGGUCGCCCCGGCUGGCUCACAGUUUCUCUCAGAGUUGGGAAGUACAAGAAAACACACAAAAACAUCAUGAUCAACAUGAUGGAUAUUCUGGAGGUGGACACCAAGAAGCAGGUGGUGAGGGUUGAGCCGCUGGCCAACAUGGGUCAGGUGACCGCUCUGCUCACCUCGAUUGGCUGGACACUGCCAGUGCUGCCCGAGCUCGAUGACCUCACUGUGGGUGGUUUGGUGAUGGGUACAGGCAUUGAGUCAUCCUCUCACAUUUACGGGCUGUUUCAGCACAUCUGUGUCGCAUUUGAACUGGUUCUAGCUGAUGGCAGCUUAGUACGCUGCACUGAGGAGGAAAACCCGGACCUGUUCCACGCCGUCCCCUGGUCCUGUGGGACUCUGGGGUUCCUGGUUGCAGCUGAGAUUAAAAUAGUCCCCGCUAAAGCCUGGGUGAAGCUGAGCUAUGAGCCGGUCAGAGGCCUGGAGAACAUCUGUAAACGCUUCACUGAAGCAUCGGAGAACAAGCAGAACACGUUUGUAGAGGGCCUCCAGUACUCUCUGGAUAGCGCUGUCAUCAUGACUGGAACCAUGACAGACCACGCUGAGCCUGAUAAGAUUAAUAGAAUCGGCCUGCACUUUAAACCCUGGUUCUUCAAACACGUGGAUAGCUACCUUAAAAAGGACACCGCUGGAGUUGAAUAUAUCCCUCUGAGACAGUACUAUCAUAGACACACCCGCAGCAUCUUCUGGGAGCUUCAGGAUAUUAUUCCAUUUGGUAACAACCCAAUAUUUCGCUGGGUUUUCGGAUGGAUGGUUCCUCCUAAGAUCUCUCUGUUGAAGCUCACCCAGGGGGAGACCAUCAGACGUCUUUAUGAACAGCACCACGUGGUGCAGGACAUGCUGGUACCCAUGAAAAAUUUGCAGGAUGCCAUCACACGCUUCCACCAGGACAUCGACGUGUACCCUCUGUGGCUGUGUCCCUUCCUGUUGCCUGCAGGCAGAGGGAUGGUGCACCCCAAGGGUCAAGAGGACGAGUUGUACGUGGAUAUUGGGGCUUAUGGAGAGCCAAGAGUCAAACACUUUGAAGCUAAAGCAACAACACGACAGCUGGAGAAGUUUGUUAGAGAAGUGCAUGGGUUCCAGAUGCUGUACGCAGAUGUGUACAUGGACCGAGAGGAGUUCUGGGAGAUGUUUGAUGGACGGCUGUAUCACAAACUGAGAGAGGAACUGGGCUGUACGGAGGCCUUCCCGGAGGUUUACGACAAAAUCUGUAAAUCUGCCCGACACUGACCCCGAUCACUGUGUGACAGAUACACUGAGGCAAUGUCAACUCAUAUUUGGUGUGUCUCAACGGCUACAACAAAUUGAUUUAAACAAAGAUACAUUUUGGGCAAACUGCUAUAAGCUAAAUAAUUAGCUUUUUUGUCUAAAGAGGCUCUUAUAUCAAUGUGAAGCAAAAGCACAAAAAUUGUAAUGCUAACAAUUAUCGAUUGUAUUCUGCUUUUCCAUUUUUCUGUACAACCUUAAACAAGGUUAUCUUUUUUACCUUUUUUAAACAUGUAUGUUAGGCACUGUAUAACUACCUUUGUGUACAUUACAUAUUUUUUACAUUUUUGUCUGUACACCAUUCAAUAACAGAUCAGCCUUAACUACAAGUGUCAUACACUCAAAACAUCACUUCCUAAUUAUCUUUAUACAUACAAUUAAAUAUAUGUUUUCAAAUAAAGAUAUACAGGGGAAAAGAUGCCAAACAACUAUAUUGUCACUUAUAGGACACCUAUUUUUAUAUCACAAUAAUGUCAUAGCACCAGGACUAAGGAUUUCAAACUCUUAUCUGCAAUAAACAUAAUUCUCAUGAUUUAAAAAAAGAUACGUCUGAAGUUCUUAGGGAACAAUACCAUGCUUCACUUCACUAGUAUUAGGGACUCACAGCUGUCACCCAAACAUUGUCCAGAUUCACCCAGCACAUUGCAAAACUUAUAUUUUUGUUCCUUUUGUAUGUACUUCUGUAUCCUUUAACAUCUUAUUUAAAUGGGAUUGCAUAUAGUUAAAUAAAUGGAUAUUUCUUGACAAUUAU